AUGAAGAAAACACUACUAUUGGUCUUUAUCCACGGGUUCAAAGGAGGUGAUGACACCUUUGGAGACAAGGAAGGGUUCACAGAGCAGUUGCGUUCGCAGCUCGCCUCUGCGCUCCCCAAGAUCAAUGUAAAGCACCUCAUAUACCCCAAGUAUGAGACGCGCGGGGAUCUCGGAGAAUGCGUCAGCCGGUUCCGCGACUGGCUGCUGGAGAAAGUCAUUGAUAUGGAGGUCGCAAAUGCCACCCCAUCGCCUACAGUUGACCCCUCCGUCAGGAUCGUGCUAGUGGGCCACUCCAUGGGCGGUAUUGUCGCCGCAGAGACCGUCAUCGGGCUAACUUCUGAACACCCCAUCUACUCGGAAGAUGGCGUUGAGAAGGCUGAUAACCCAUCUACCUUCAACGGGCUGAUGUUCCCCUACGUCCAGGGCGUCCUCGCCUUCGACACACCCUACCUAGGGAUCUCACCCGGGGUAGUCGCCCACGGUGCCGAAGGGCAUUACAAUUCUGCGUCGGCGGCCAUGACGCAGCUUAGCGGUCUUGGGACAGCCCUCUGGGGUGCGAAGCAAGCCGGAUCCCCAUCGCGUGCUGGGAGCCCCAAUAAGGGCCCUGUCGCAGCCCUACCUGCCCCGGCUGCGCCAUCCCAGCAGAAGGAACAGCAAGGCGGCUGGGGUAAAUGGGGUAAGAUUGCCAUGGUGGCCGGUAGCGCAGCAGCCGUGGCGGCAAGCGCGGGAGCGGCAUACUAUAACCGCGAGCAAAUCACGCAAGGCUGGACGUGGGCGACCUCACAUCUCGAGUUUGUGGGUUGCCUGGCCAAAGGCGCCGAGCUGCAGAAGCGAGUGCAGUACAUGGUUAAACUGAACAAGGAGCUCGAUGUGGGCUUUGCGAACUUGUACACGCGGCUUGGGAAGGGUGCAGGAAACAAGGAUGUGAGUGUUGUAGGGACGGUGCUAGGAAAGGAUCGCACUUUCUGCAAUCUGCCCAAGAAGGCUAAUGGAGGAGUUUGGAAGGAAGCUGUAAAUGAUGCAGCUGCCGAAGAAACGCUGGCGCACAUGAACAUGUUUGAUCCCAAACAGAACCCGGGCUACGAGAGCCUCAAACAGGAUGCGGCCGCUCUGAUCGCCCAGUGGACAAAGAAUGACUGGUACGAGACGAGUGCAGAGGAUAGACCGGCCAUUAAAGAGGCUGGAGAGAGUGCCUCAGCCUGA